UCGGGGCUUUCGAAUGAAUGACAGAGGCGCGUAAGUAGCACCGCACCUGUAGUUCAUGGCGUGAAGUGUUUACAGCGGAAUAGUUGGUAAUUUUAUAUUUUACUGGGGUGGUCGUAUUGUUCCCUGAUGGAGGAGGUAGACGUUGAGCCGGCAAUCACCAACAUCCCUGCAGCCAGCGUUGGGACUCACUUGGGAUUUGCAUGGGGACCUGGUGAUAUCCUGGUGUAUGAGACCCUUUACAAGGCAUCCGGUGCCAGAGGAUCAGGAUGCCCCUGUAUCCAUGAGGUCAGGAAAGAUGAAGACAUAUACUCCCCUAUUCUACGCAAACUCUUCAAUGAGUCACAUCACAUCUUUGUCGGCCUGCAAACCACUGGAGAGGACCUCCCCAGCAAGAACAAAAAAUCCCAAUUUGUCAGCAUCAGUAAAAACUAUAGAUCUGUGAUACGUGCCUGUAUGGAGGAGCUUCAGCAAGUUGCAGUCUCUAGUAAAGUUGCAGAUGUGGCGACACAAUAUGGAAAUCAUGUGUCUAUUCUGUUGGCCAUAGAACUGAUCUGGAAUCUGUGUGAAGUGCUCUUCAUUGAUGCUGCUCCAGCGGGUUCCUUGUUGCUCCACCUCCUGGACUGGGUAAGGUUACACAAGGCUGAUGUGGAUGAGAAGGCCAGAGAAGUGCUGCAAAGUGAGAGCCCUGCUGAGCAUUACGACUACUGGAAUGUGGUGGUGAGUUAUGUGCUGCAGGGCAGGUUGGAGGAAGCCAGACAGAUGCUGGUGAAGCAGGCUACCCUGCAGCCUGCUGCCAGGAGCAUGUACAAGCUGAUGGACACUCUGCUCUCAAAGAUGCCCUUCUACAAUCCUGGUGGCACACAAACGCUGACAGAGUUUGAUGUGAAGUGGAGACACUGGCAUGAGGAAGUGGACCACUGCCUGCAGGACAACUCAUUUGCCAGCAAUAAACAUCUGGAGGUCAUCUGCAAGAUCCUAGUGGGGGAUGAAGACACUUUGCUGGAGCACAAGGACCUGCUGAGCACCUGGUACCACUUUUUGGUCACGAGACUGCUUUUCUGUCACCCAACCGUCAAACCCACUGAGUUGCACUACUAUGCACAGUCAUGCUUGACCAUGUUUCUGGACUCGAGGAGCGUCCCUGAGCCCCUCGAUAGCAUCUUACUGGCUGCCUUUGAGUUUGACAUCCAUCAAGUCAUCAAGGACUGCAGCAUUGCUCUCAACAACUGGUGGUUUGUGGCCCAUUUGACUGAUCUUUUGGAUCACUGCAAGCUCCUCCAGUCUCACAACCUACACUUUGGCUCCAACUUGCGAGAGUUUCUCCUGUUAGAAUAUGCCUCGGGUCUCUUCACUCAUCACAGUCUGUGGCAGUUGGCCGUGGACUACUUUGACCACUGCCCUGAGUUUGGCCGUGUCUAUCUGGAGCUUCAAAUCGAGCGCGUUCCUUUAGACACGGAGCGCAAAGCGCUCAAAGUGCUCAGGAUCUGUGAGCAGAGGCAAAUGUCAGAGCAAGUGCGGAGUAUCUGUAAGAUCAUGGCUAUGCGAGCCUUGAGGAACAACAGACUGGGCUCGGCUCUCUCCUGGAGCAUCAGGGCCAAAGAUGCUGCAUUUGCCACCCUCAUUUCAGAGAAGUUCUUACAGGAUUACUGCGCCAGAGGGACCUUCUCUGAUUUGGACCUGAUAGACAACUUGGGUCCAGCAAUGCUGCUAAGCGACAGGCUUACUUUCCUUGGGAAGUAUCGUGAGUUCCACAAGCUGUAUGGAGAGAAGCGCUCUGAUGAGGCAGCAAAGCUGCUCCUCUCCCUCAUGACGGCCAAGAUCGCCCCCCGGAGCUUCUGGAUGACUCUGCUGACCGACGCCCUGCCACUGCUGGAGCAGAAGGAGGUGAUCUUCUCAGCAGACCAAACCCAUGAGCUGAUGUUCUGUUUAGAGGAGCUCACCUCAUUGAACACCACUGCUCCCGGCGCAGACAGGCCCAUGCAGGAUGAAGACAUUGAGCUGACCAAAGUGGAGCUCCUGAGGCUUGCUCUGGCCAGGAAUCUGGCUAAGGCUAUAGUCAAAGAGGGAACUGUAGAAGCAUGAAUGGUGACUUUGAAAAGAAAGGGUUUUCUUUUUGCAUUUUUGUACUGUACAUAAAAUUCAAGUGAUCAAAAUGUGUUCUUUGAUAAUAAAACACUUUUCAUGGUGUGCGUUGUUUAAAAAUCGGA